CGUCAAUGAGAUCAGCAGCAUUGUUUAGAGGACGCUGAUGCGGACGAAGAGGAUGGACACAACGGGCGGGACGAGCGGGACCGCGAGAUUAACGGCGAGAAGGAGAAAUUGGACGAGGAUGGAUCGUUACGGGACGAUGGCUCCCCGGAGCCCCCCAAUGGCGAGAUUGUGUCGAUACUGCGUAGAAAUGGAUCGUUGCUCCAAAGCCAGGAAAUUUCGACCAGUCAGCAGAACUUUUUCCGGAUGCUGGAUCAAAAGAUUGAAGAGGGGCCUGACUAUGAUUCCAACAGCGAAACCGAGGUUGCAUUGGAGGAGGCUCGAAUGAAUGCGCUGGUGCAUCACUGGGAAUCCGCAAGUCUAACGACGUCUAUGUGUUCUUCCACCAGCCGGUCACUGCAGGGAACGCCUGUGCGGCAGGUGCCACUCAGACAACCUCCAUUGAGGCCAGCUUUCCAGCAGCCGCUCAGCGCAGAGUUACUCUCCCAGCAACAGUUGCUUAAACAGCAACAUCAGUUGAUCCUUCAGCAUCAUCAGCAGCAACAGUUGCAGCAGCAACAAUUGCAGCAACAACAGCAGCAACAACAACUACAGCAGCAUCAACAACAGCAACAACAGCAAAUCAUACACCAAAACUUUAACAUCAACAUGAACCUUAACAGCCCGAAGCGGGUAAUUGGGAGCGGGAACGCCGUCAGUGUCGGUGGCAUCCCGGUUAGUUUGGAAGGUCGUCAGCUGCUGUCGCAAACCAUAAUCCACCAGAACUACGGUGUUAUGCAGCCGCCGCAAACGGCACCCCAGCUUCGUCCCAGUUCGGGACGGACCUUGCCAACGCCGGUUCAGUGUUUGCAGCUGUCCUACUAUCAGCAACAGCAGCAACAACUACAGCAACAACAACAGCAGCAGCUUCAGCAACAGCAAUCCCAGGGUUUGGCCGGCGCGCUGCCCGGUUUGGGACCAUUGCAACAAUUCCAACAGCAAUCGAUACCACCUCAUGCGUACUACAAUGAUAUUCUGAGGCAUCCCCUGCAGCUCUCAUCCAGCCAGAUCCAGUCCCAGGUUCAGCAGCAAUCCUCCGCCGCCAUCUCGUCGGUGUCCUCCGCGCUAGCAGCCGCCGGUGGUCCCUCCUCCACGGCGCUCGCCUCCGCCGUGAUAGCCGUCGGAGGAAGUGGGAACCUUCUGUCCUCCAGUCCGCAGCAGCAACAAACACCACCGGACACACCUCGUUUUCCACCGGCCAUAUCGGUUCAACGUCUAGCACCGCAAGUGCAACGCCAAAUCCGCGAAACGCAGGAACUGAUCAAGGAUUCCUGUUCGCAGCUGUACGCCACCAACUACGGCAGCCCCGGGCCACCUCCGAUGGCACCGCUGAGAAGCAACGCGGCUGCCGCGGCCAAUGCCGUUGCGGCGGCUCGAGCAGCGGCUGUGGCUGCUGCUUCAGCCGCUCGACGACCACCACCGCCACCCUCGUUGGACACCCAGUAUUCGCAGGAACUUUCGUGAUAUCUAGACAAGUAGUGAAUCCAUUAUAGCGUUAGCAAUUAUUAUUAUUAUUACUACCAUCAACUAUUCAUUCGUUACGACUCGGUUUAGAUGAUUUGUUGAGUCCAUCUAGCAACUGAUGGACUAUAUGUGUUUCAUCUGUAGCUCUUGUAGAAAACAUCCCCGAAUUCUAACCCAAUGGCGCAUCGCAGAAAUUGAACGUUCGAACGCUCCUUCUUUGGUGAUAUAGUAAAAGACAACUAUGAAAAUAAGGCGAAUGGGACGUGGCAAACAAUUUAAUUUUAAGUGUUCAUGUUCGGCAUUUGAUUCCGGUGGCAAAUCAAUUGAAAAAGUGGAAAUAUGUGGAAAAAAAUUAAAUAAAUAGUGAUUUAUUAUUAUUUUAAUAUUUUUAUACAAGUUCCAACUGAGUACAAAACACUACCAAGGCGAGAUCGGAAACUAAAUUGUUGUCAAACUAGAAAAUGCAACAUACUCAAAUCAUCAUAUUCCACUCCAACUAUUUUUUUCUUAACCUUAAACAUUGUUCAACAACUUCCAGCGAUAGCACCGUCAUUUGCCACACCACAAGAAGCUUACACAUUUACUGGUCCUUCGUUAUGUGACACCGCUUUUCUCCACGGCACCCUCAAUAGGUGAAACGCUGUGCUGAUUUCCCAUAAGAACCACUUUCAUUCCAUGAGGAUUUAUGUUUGGUCUAGGUUCGCCUAUUCUCUGCGUAGCUUAUCGCAUGGCAAACAUUCCCUCGUGUCAGCCACACAACGAACCGGCUGAUGGUACCACACUGUUGUCCAGUUUUUGCGGUAUAUCUUUCAAUUCAUGACGUUGAGUAGUUUAAUUCCUAUUAAUGAGGACGCAUGAGGUGUGUGUGUGUUUAAAUUAGGCUCAUUCAAUGGGCUUGAAUAGUUACUAAGUUUGAAUCAUAGUUGGGUGCAGUAAAAUUUUACCGCUAUCUAAAACAGCAGACUCUUCACAAAACAAACAAAAGCACCAAGGCAAAUUCAUAAAACGUAUAAAAAUCUGUUUAGUCAGUAAACUUUUUAUCUCUUUUUCAGAUUAAUUCCAAUUGACUAAAAUGAGGAAUUGCUGACUUGCUGACAAAUUUAACGAACUACCAUUUCUAAGAAGUCUAACUAUACGUUUGACUUUAUGACAAGUGAGUUUCGUAUCGAAUUUUUUUUUGCAGAGUACUGAUACUUUUGUCACGAUUUUUGAGAUUUUAGUCACGAGUAGUGUGAUUUAUUUUCAUGAUUUUACAAUAUGAACAGGAUCAUAAAAGUGUGACUGAUUUGCCGUAUCUUGUUUGGUGAAUUAUGUCAUGAACACGAAUUGUGGCUUUAAUUUAUUUUUGGUGCUCAGCGUUUUCUUUUUCUGUCCGGACAUCGCAUUAAACCUUGUAGAAUGAAUACGAUAUUCGAGGUCGUAAUAGUUUUCUUAUAUCUGCUGCUCGCACCUAUUACUAGACUACAGUAUUCUUGGAUGUGCAACUUCUACGAUUGUUUCGGUCACAGUAUUCCUCCUGUUGCCACUUUAUCCGCCAUUACACUUGUUGUCGCUGCCGCUGCUCUAGUUUACAUCGGCCAUCUGGCGUUCCAAGUUCAAACACCGUCGUAACGUAAAUCAAUUUGUUUUCUUGUGCCCAACAUUUUUGCACUCAAAGCAAACUGUGGUCUUUUUCGUUUUCUUUGUAAUUCCCGAAAAGGCGUCAUGGUGGGACCGGUUGGUUUUUACUACGGCUCGCAAUGCGAUCGGCUGAUUCCUCAACAUCUUGGAAAAUACGCUGGAUCUGUUCUCGAGACAUUUUAUACAUUUCCUCCUUGUGAAUUACCGACAGCGAAGGACACGUGCUUAUACGUAUCUGGAAUGGCCACGAAUAACGAAUUGAUUACUUCGUUUUGGUGUAUAGUCUCUUCCAUACUGUCUAACUGCCAAAUGAACUCUUGAUGAACUGUGAAUAGUUUCCUUAGCGAUCCGAAUCGUUCUAUAAAGUGUACAAACAGCAUGGCUGUACACCAUAAUAAGCUUAUUUAAUAUUUGUUGGUUCUAUUUGAAAUUUCAAUUUCAGAUAUUUACGAAACAUCGUUGAAAACAGUGCAUUUAAAAAUAUUCAUUUUCCACCUCUUAUUUGUUUACAUGCACUUCACGCACUGUCAAACUCUGCUUCGUAGUCGCGAAUGGAUAUCUGUUCUCUAAAAAAAAAAGAUUUUGUUGACGUUACAACGCAAAAAUAAUCCAGUUGUAAUUAUAGCACAGACAUAACACUCGAAAACAAUGCUUCGUUCGCUUUAACGGUCAUUUUAAAUAUUUAUUGGUUGUUGGGACUGUGGCCACAUAUGGCGCUACUUACAUAUGAACCAGCAUAUGGGGGAUAGACCACUGGUGAAAAAUUAUUCCCAAACCUAAAGGGGUGACCGAACAGUAAAUGAGGGUUUGGGACAGUGAAUAAAAGGUGGAGCUAGUGUUCUGGACAAGUUGCCGAAUCGAUGUUUUUUGAAGGAAUUCCCUCAUAGUGUUGUGUCUGUUAGCCUGUGAUUAUAGUCCACACAUCCAAUAAUAGAAGUUGGAAGCAUUUUAAAAAGGUAUUUUCAAGUGCAAGGAGGGCCCCGAAUACAAAUCUGAGCAAAAAUAUAAUUUCACGAUAAAAUUAUAAAUAUAUGCGUUGUUCGUGAUGCUACAACGCAGAAAAAAGCAAAAUUUCAAUCCGUUCAAAAACUUUUGUUAAUCAAAUAUUUGAGAGAAAAUCCGUCUAGAUGUCAUGUUUUAAACUUCGAACAACUUCCUUCAAAUACAUAAAAAUUUAACAAUAGUUUCUUGAAAUACAAUUUUUUUUCAAGAAUUCAAUACAUCUGACUCUGUCCAUUAAAUUCAACAAACUUCAAAAUAUUUUUAUCGAACAUUUUUAGAAAUGUCAGAAUUUGGAUGGCACAACUUUUCAAUGGUAACACCACAGAUAACAGACGUUUAGGCUAGAACAAAAUUUCUUCAAAAACCUGUGUAAACCCACAGACUAACAGACAUAACACUCAAAAACAAAGCUUCGUCCGCUUUAACGGUCAUUUUAAAUAUUUGUAGUUGGGACUGUGGACACAUUCGAAAUUAUGGCGCCACUGACAUAUGAACAAGCAUAUGGGGGAUACACCACUAGUGAAAAAUUGUUCCCAAACCUGAGGGGUAACCCACCAGUAAUUGAAUGUUUGGGACUGUGAAUAAAAGGUGGAGCUAGUGUUCUGAGAAAAUUGUCGGAUCGAUGUUUUUUGAGGGAAUUCCCUCAUAGUGUUAUGUCUGUUAGUCUGUGGUAAACCUUCAAAUUGAUAUACGUUGGAAAUUCGUGCUUCACUAUUGCCAUCUGCGCAACUGUUUGCUACACGUGUUUGACAGCUGCAUUCUAACUUCAUUGUAUCGAUCACUGCGCCAUCUACAAACGUUUGCCAAACGUGUUUCAGACGAUUGAUUUAUUCGGAAUUUCAGUAGCGGGUAUUUACACACGUUUCAAAUCGAGCCUAAACGUCUGUUAUCUGUGGUAACACUAUUGUAAUAAUAAAAUAUUAUUGAGCCUGGAUGUUCAAUGGCCAAUUCAAACUGGAUCGAUUAAUGUUCUGGUUGCAGUUCAAAACUGGAAAGCCCAGCAGCGACAAUCGUAUUUUCGCUGGGUCUAAAUAAUGGAAUCACAUCGGAAGUAGUGCACAUUUUUCGUAUAAUGAUGGACUAUAAUGCGCACUACUUUCGACGUCGUGGAUUAGCAUUGAACAAGAGAAAAAACGAUUGUGGCUGGUUGGAUUUUCCAGUUUUCAUUUGGAUCGAUAAUUCCAUAAGCUUUUUUGACGUAGGACUACGUCUUUGUUUUCGAUGUGGGGGUGCACUUUGCAAAUUCUACAAAAAUGGUAUGUAACGAAAAGUCGUCCAAUUUUAAACGCAUAUAAUUCAGCCAUCUCACGAUAAAUACUUCUAAGAAUUGAUCCCAAAACAUAAACCCAAAGAUUUUUGAUAUCAUAUAAAAAUUUCUAUAAUGUACAACCUAGUGAAAAUAUCGCGCAUUUACACACAGAAGAUAGUGCUUCCUUAGUCCGGCACGACAGAUUUGUGUACCUAGCGCGCUACGCUGCUAUGCAUGACGUCAUCAUCGACUAUUUAAAGAACUUAUUUGGCCAAAACAAGCUGAGUUGCUUGUUGAACGGCAGGCGGACCAGAUCACUGCACUGUGUGUUUUCACAGCCAGUGUACCUGAAUUAGAAGUCCACGACUAAGCUUGUCCGUUCAAGGACUAUGCUUUCUUUUGUGUUGUGCUCGUUUUCAGCACACUUUUAUGUACCAUCUCGAAUACAAUUAUUCGUACACAAAAUCGCUUGUACAUGCGAGCUCCAUUUGCAAACACGAUUAACAUAGUGUCGUAGUAAUAGCUGUCACUUUCGCUCUACCCAUCAUCAUCAGCGUUAACUCAUUUUGCUUUGCGUUCAAUGUUUGAGGCGAAUGUGUAAGCAGGUAUAUCUAAUUUGUUAACAGGGUUACGAUAUUCACAGAUUUUUCUGCAAUAUCACAGAUUUUUUUUCACAAUUUUUGAUCAUAGAUUCUUUUUUACAGAUGGCAGAUUUUUGGCAUUUUGAUGAAAAUUUCACCGAUUUUUGGAAAUAUUCGGCCCUAUUCUGCGCGGCGUGUGACGUGAGACGACUAAUCUCACCUCACUCUACGUGAAUUUUCUCACCCAAUUCUGAAGAGUCACUUCGGGUGACGUGAGACGCCCAUUUAACCGCAAUGGGGAAUCUCACCUCACCAGAGUCGACUCUCAGAAUAGGGUGAGAAAAGUCACGUAAAGUGAGGUGAGAUUAGUCGUCACACGGCGCGCAGAAUAGGGCCGAUUGUGAUUUUUCGGAAAUUUAUCACAGAUUUUUUGACCGAAGCACGGAUUUAAAUGUGGUAUUCCUGUUUGUAAGCGGUUGCAUACGUAACCUGCACGACAGCAAUAUGUACUUUCGUUGCGCAAAGACGAAAACUUUCUUAGCAACAAAUUUAUGCGGAUCGAUGGAAAGCACAAAGAAAGUUUAUUAUUUACAUUCGAUCAAUUCAUUGAUUAAUUUCCACUUCACGUGAUUCAUUUCCACUCAGUCUAUCCUAUUUUGAUUCUGCUAAUAGAUACCUACAUAUUACAAAUCCUAUUUAUGAAUGAAUGCACUGCCACUCGAAAAACCGUUGCAAAAACGCAUAUAUAAAAUUGUUAUCGAUUUUUGUAUAUUUAUAGUUUCGAUAUAUUAUUAAGACCACUGCAUUCGCUACAUUUGUAUGCAUACUUUAGGAAUGCUAUAAUAAUGGCAAAAUAUAACUAGAAAGCUUGGUGCGAUUAUAUUUUCUAAAAUUUGAUUUUUCUUCGCCGGUCUGGGUUUUUUUUACCACACACAAUCGAAAAGUUUUUACAAUUUUUAAAAGCUGAUCUUGUGCUAUAAAGAUUUAGUUCCAGAUAUUAGUUCGGUCACGGUUUUCUGUCUUCUUUCUUCAAAUCUUCUCAAAUAAGUUUAAUCGGAUUCGAUCACCUACUACAAAUGAAAUGAUCUGAUAACCAAGAAGGUUUGGUCCAAUAUGUAACAUUCGAUGUUGAUUGGUUGCGCUUAAACUAUGCGUAUGAAAUAUAUUUGAUUUAUUAUUACUCUACAUGUACUAAGAAAAUAAAUAUUUCACAUUAAGUAGUAUAGUCCCACGUCUAUAUUCGAUGCGGCAAUCCAAGCCGGUAUGUCAACUAGCAUGGUUCUCACCUAGGGUUGCAAUUUCUGGAGAUGCUGAGACCCGGAUAUUUUCACUGAAACGGGAGGGGGGAAUGAACUUUGAGUGGAACUAGACAAAAAUUGGAAUCAAAGCGAUUGUUCGACAUUUUAUACCGCUUUUUAUUACCUAUCGAGCGAAAAAGAGACAAGUAAUAUUAAUCAUUUCAGAGAAAAAGAGACAAGUAAUAUUAAUCAUUUUCAUUUGUAGUAGGUGAUACUCUUCCAUUCUUUUUGUAAGUCGUCAAAAAGUAGAAAAUUACUAAAAAAAUCUCACAAUCACUGUAGUAUUAUGUUUUUGCCAUUCUUCCAUGACGUUAAAAUAAAGCUGUACAUUUUUUUACGUUUGAGAACAGUUUUGCUGGUUUAAUCAAGUGUAGCUGUGUGCCAAGACUACAAAAGCACCAGCUACUCUCGCUGUGGAGGAUAAGUCGAACGAGCAUUGCUCCCAUUCACAACUAACAGGAAAAUGAGAGCAAAGGAGGCAGGAUAGCGGCAUCACAUGGGAAGCACUAUGUGGUGUACGUUAUUCAUCACCAGAGGUCCCAACAAAGGUGCAAACUGAUCUCCCUAGCCAAUAGUUAAGGGUCGUUACAGGAGUAGCAACAACACCGGAAAAAUUCGUUUGAUAUUGAUGUAGCCAGUUGGAUUAGAACAAAUCCGCCAUACUUUGGUGCAGCUGCGGAUAAGUACGACUAAUAGUGAAGCGAUUUCGUAAAAUUGCAGCAAAAUAUUUUUUUACGCCAUUUUGGGCGACUUAGUGUGAUGCAAAAUUUCAAUUAUAGCAUAUUGUGAAAUAUUACUUUUCUUAAUUUACAGCAAAUUUUAAUUUGUUUUUCAUGUUCAUUCAUUUUUGAGGACGAAAUCAGCAAUAUUUGAUGAACCACCUUCAAACGAAUGGUUAGUCGAUGAAAAUAGUAAACUUAGACUUUUUAAAUAUUUUGCAAAGAAUCACACCAAAAAAUAAUGAAAUUCAAACGACAUGUAAAUCAAUACGAAUGUAAACAUACAACGAUUGAAUCCAAAAUUUGAUUGAAAAUUACGUUAAAAUCAGUUGAAGCAUCAAAUAGCAUACAAUUUUACACUUUCAUUCGUGUUAUAUUACAUGUCAUUCAUUUUACAACAGUAUUCGAGUAAAAAUACAUUGAAGUGCAUUGGUUUUCAGUUUAAAGAAACUGUAAUAUUCAAUCCACGUGUAAAAUUAUAAUAAAAUUCGUUGAAGAAAACACGAAAAUUCGUGUGUAUUUGUGGUGGAACUUAAUUUUACAUUUAUAUUGAUGCUCCAAAUAUGUGCAUGAAAAUAAACUUAAAAUCACAAAAUAUUUUUUUCUGUGAUGAAUUAAUUCCAAAAAAGUUGAAAUUAUGCUUCUUCCCACCAAACCCGAAGAAGUUGAUGAAAAACCCGGAAGCCCGGAGAUCGCUCCCGAAAACCGGCGUCUCCGGGUCAAACCCGGAGAGGUGGCAACCCUAUUCUCACCAGAGCUGCCUUCUGGGAAGCCCGCGGAAUGUGUCUUAUUUACAGCCAGUGAAAAUGCGACGAUCAACGGAAUCAAUGGGUAGUGGUGAAUAUAAAUGUCAUCUCUGUUCAGGGAUCAUCCAAAAAUGACGUAGCAUUAUAUGGGGGA